AAUCUUUUCUCUAUUCCUUUCGUCAUAUGGCGUAGUAGUGUGUUCGUUUUGUCCGCCAUAUUAAAUGAAAUCAAUAAAAUAAGACAAAAUGUCGCCUUACUAAAGUGUGUGAAAAUAAUCCAAUAACAUCCAGUUCUAGUGUGAUUAAAUCAUCAAGAGGAUCACAAUGGAGAAUUCCUACGGUGUGGGAGUCGUGAACAGAUAUGCUCUUUUCUUGGACGAUGAGUCCGAUCCUCUUGAUGCGUUAAAAGCGCGUGAGCAGGCGAAAGAGCUCAAAAAGAAGACCAAAGAUGCCGAAAAAGAGAACAAAGGCAAACCUGAGGUGAAACCCGCCAAAGGCGGUACUGCUCCCGCCCGGAAGGGAAUCAAGGAGACUCAAAAUGUGAAGUCUCAGGACAUCAAGAGCGGCGAACAACUAAAGAGCAAGGGCCCAGCACGGCCGAAUGAGCGCAAUGCGGAACGCCCGCCGCCUCGCCGCCGUGAAGACCGGCCGCAGAACGGCACCGUGGAGAACAAGGAAGGGGUGCCGCGGCCUCCAAGACGUGAGUUUGGAGACCGUCGCCCCAACUUCGAGCGGCGCAACUUCAGCGACAAUCCCGAAGGUGCAGAGCGCCGGGGACCGAGACCGCCGCGUGAGCCUCGCGACGGACCGCGCGGGCCGCGGCCUCCCUAUGACAAUCGGGGCAAGCGCGAGUUCGACAGGAGAUCGGGAUCCGACAAGACCGGCGUGAAACCGGUCGACAAGCGCGAGGGCGCCGGCCCGCACAACUGGGGCACGCUCAAGGACGAGAUUGAUGAGUUUAACAAGACGGGCUCCGAGGGCGAGGCGACAGAAGAGAAGGCGCCAGAGGCUGGCGCCGGCGAUGGACAGCAGCCCGAGCCGGAGCGCGCCGCCCCCACCGAGGAGGAGCCGCGCGAGCUCACCCUCGACGAGUACAAGGCGCUGCGCAACGCACAGCGCACCCAGCCGCAGUACAACCUGCGCAAGGCCGGCGAGGGAGAGGACCUCAGCCAGUGGAAGAACUUGGUGAUGCUCGAGCGUAAGAAGGAGGGCGAGCGCGGCGAGGACGAGGACAGCGACGAGGAAUAUGACCUGUCGGACUAUCCGCAGCGUGUGGGCCCAAAACGCGUGCUCGGCAUUGAGUUCACGUUCAACGACCAGGCGCGGCGCGGCGGCCCAGGUGGACGCGGGCGCGGACGCGGUCGUGGUCGCGGCAGGGGCGCUCCGCCCCGCGAAGAGCCGCAGCCCGAGGAGCGUCCAGUGCUGCGCCAGACCACGGCGCCGCCUAAGGUGGACGACAGCAAGGACUUCCCCUCUCUCAGCUAGACUCGCAGUGAGCCUUCGCUCUUCUCCCUUUCGAAACUACGAUAGAGUUACAAAUUAAAUAUUGUACCGUUAUUUUUGAAGUAAAUAUACAAAAUAUUUACAUGAGCGUGUAUUAUAAUUACAUUGUGUUGUCAAUGUAGAUGUUGACAGUUUAUUCGUGAAUCGACUUGACUUAUUUGGGUUUAUGAUAGGGGGUUGACUUAUUGCGCUCAAGCACCGCCCGGUCGCAGUGGAGGGGGAGGAUAUUUUUAAGUUUUAAUUUUGAAUACACUGCUAAACAAAUAAUGCAUCUAGUUACAGUAGCUUUUAUUAUAUUGUAAUCACAGCUUUCAUUUAACUUGAGAAUUAAGAUUUUAAACUGCAGACUGUGACAUGCUAUAAUUAAAUAACUCCGUCACAACUUAGUAUAGUAAUUUGUGAAAAAAAUAACCCUUGUUGCAUUUUAUAACAAGAUGAGUUUGUGUUGACAAAUGCAGACUUCGGGAACUGUAAAUAGUAUAUGUUUAAAAGAUAAGGUUUUAAAAAUACAAGGUUGAUUUUUGUUGUUACACGAAUUUCUUGGAAAAUAAACAUUUUGUAUGUGUGA